UCGAGUGCAGGCUGAGGGCAACGCUGAUGCAUAUGACGAGGAGCAGCCUACACAUCUAACCAAUGAUGCCGCAGCUACACGAUGCGCGCUUGGGGCGACAGCUGAGCAGCGCACCCGAAUAUAGCUACAGCAGCAGCAGCAGUAGCAGUGCCAGUGAAGUGGACAGUGAAGAUGAUGAAGAUACCAGUGAAUACUACGAUAGCGAUGAGGAGGAGGAGGAGACAAGCAGCGACAGCAGCAAUGACUCGUCGCUGCCACGACUGCUCUCGCCUUCAACCUUUCAUCGCAUCUCUGAGACGCUGGGCGCACUCAACCAUGUGGGACAUAUGCUAGUGGAUAUGACUCGCGGCGGGCAAGACAGCAAAACUGAAAAUUCUACUAGCAGCAGCAAUGAGUCUGUCUCCACUACAACUGAGUCCAGCUCUACAAGCAGCAGCAGCAGCUCCGCUUUGCUGGCCAAGUCUGAGCCGCUGCCCGGCAUCUCUGGCAAGAUUUUGGAUACUACUGCCACACUAUCUGCCAAUAGUUUAUUGCCAGCAGGCAAGCCUGCAAAUCUAAGCGCCGUACUUGUAGCCAACAAGCGUGUGGACCAGGAACAGCAGUCGCCCAUGUUCGUGCAGACCAAGGAUGCCAAGCAGCCGCAGCAGCAGCAGAAGAGGAAGCGCAAGAAGAACAAGAACAAACAGAAGCUAAAGAAGCCCAAUGAGGAGCCAACGCAAGCUACAUCACAGUCGCUUGAGAAGAUUAAAAUACCCACAACGCCACGCACCACGCUAAGCACCGCUGGCACCACCAGCAUCAGCACUUUGCGUCCACUUGAUCAGCUGGCUGUAGCUAGCGAAGAUGCCGCCACUGGCAAGGAGGUGGAAAAUCAUUGCAAGACGCCCAGUGGACGUCCAGGACGCUGCGAGGAUCUCAGCAGCUGUCCCGCGCUGCUGCUCAACUUGAGCAGUUUGCGUGAAUCGCUUUGCUUCAAGAGUCUCUUUGUGCCUGGAGUUUGCUGUCCGCUGUCUGCUGCCGAAAGCUCCACUACGCUAACUACACAACGUCCACUGAAGCUAACAGCACGCCCUAUAACCAGCAGUAGCACUGCCAGGCCAGCUAGCACCACCAGACGCACUACUGCGCGUCCCACUGUGCGACCCACAGCUAGACCCAGCAAGCCCACUAACAGUUUGGUGCUGAUACCGCAGCUCAAGCCCUCGACUACGACAACAAGCACAACGACUGAGGUGCCACUGGAACCCGAUGAGCUGGAGGAUAUAGCCAACAAUAUUGUCGAUCCGGAUGAGUGUGGUCAGCAGGAGUACUCAACGGGUCGCAUUGUGGGCGGCGUUGAAGCGCCCAACGGUCAAUGGCCCUGGAUGGCGGCAAUUUUCCUGCACGGCCCCAAGCGCACAGAGUUCUGGUGCGGUGGCUCGCUCAUUGGCUCCAAGUAUAUUCUGACAGCGGCGCAUUGCACGCGUGACUCCAGACAGAAGCCUUUUGCUGCCAGACAGUUUACGGUGCGUUUGGGUGACAUUGAUUUGUCCACGGAUGCGGAGCCAUCUGAUCCGGUUACGUUUGCCGUCAAGGAAGUGCGCACACAUGAGCGUUUCUCGCGCAUUGGCUUCUAUAAUGACAUUGCCAUUCUGGUGCUGGACAAGCCUGUGCGCAAAUCCAAGUAUGUGAUACCUGUCUGCCUGCCCAGAGCUGGUCGCAUGCCGCCCAAGGAUCGCUUGCCUGGGCGUCGUGCUACUGUUGUCGGCUGGGGCACCACCUAUUAUGGCGGCAAGGAGUCCACCAGCCAGCGACAGGCGGAGCUGCCCAUUUGGCGCAAUGAGGACUGUGAUCGCAGCUAUUUCCAGCCCAUCAACGAGAACUUUGUCUGCGCUGGCUACUCGGACGGCGGCGUUGAUGCCUGCCAGGGCGACUCUGGUGGACCGCUGAUGAUGCGCUAUGACUCGCAUUGGGUGCAGCUGGGCGUUGUUUCCUUUGGCAACAAAUGCGGCGAGCCUGGCUAUCCCGGCGUCUAUACUCGCGUCACAGAGUAUCUCGACUGGAUUCGGGAUCAUACGCGGGAUUGAGCAAAUCUUAGUUAGUAGCUGUAGCUAGUUUUAUGUUCGCGCUAGUCUAUAUGUACGUUUAAUACUCUGCGUUCCCAGCUCUGUUUCUAUCUCUCUCUCUCUCUCUCUC